GAACAUGCCAGGGAACUCAUCUCUGCGGAGUCUGGUCUGCAUUUCGUCAAAACCGUUUGCGAGCAGAAAGAUGUUUUGCGAAACAACGAGUUCAUGAUGGUCCUCAACGCGAAUCCAGGUAGCAGAGCCAAGGUAGAACAGGGAGACUGGUGCCUCCGUGUGAACCCAAACGGUGUGGACUUGAAUCGCAAUUGGGAUGAGCAUUGGGAGGGGGAUGCCUCCUACGGCACUGACACGAAUCCGGGACAAGGGCCUUUCAGUGAAGCAGAGACACAGCUUUUGAAGAAGUUAGUUUCCUCCUAUGAGCCGACGACGUUUCUGACCAUCCACAGCGGAACCUUAGGCAUGUACAUGCCCUGGGCAUUUGACAUGCAGCAUUUGGCCGAUCGCAAUCAAGAAUCGAUGAUGCAGAUUUUGCAAAAGGUGGACGAGGACCACUGUCAAUGCCCAUUUGGUGCUGCGGGUAGGGAGGUGGGAUACAGCUGCCCUGGGACCUGCUUGGAUUGGGUCUUUGACAAGUUGAAAACACCGUACGCAUUUGCGUAUGAGAUCUACUAUGGUGGCAGCCCAGAUGAGCUGCGCGAAAGGUGGCAGGAGAAAGUCCACCUUCCGGGCGCUUCCUUGAUCCAGGCUCAAAGUUUGGCGCACCCACACUUCAAAGACCUUUAUAUCCAGUACCCGUCGAGCUUCAUCCAGGUAGCAUCCCAACACCAUGAAGAAAACAAUGCAUUGCAAGGAUUUGCUUGCUUCGGCAUGUUCAAUCCAGACACUGAGGAGAAGUACCGAGAGACUGUUGAAAACUGGUCGAAAGCAUACCUGGACACUGUAGAACAGGUUGCCCUGAAGCUUUGAGCCGCUGCGCGCUGCCGCAUUCGAUCC